AAAGAAAAUCGAGGGAAAAGAGUGAAGAAAGGUGAGAGAAGGGAGACAGCGAGUUGAUCAGUGAAGAUCUGUACCAAGGUGUUAGAAUCUGAAAAUGGGUUUUGAAGAAGCAGUGAUGGUGCGAAAUUCUACUGCUUGUGCCAUGGAGUGGAGCAUUGAGCUUGAGAAGGCCCUGCGCUCAAAAAAUCCUGGUAGAUGUAUUGAGGCAAUAUAUCAAAUUGGACAAAGACUGGAGCAGUGGAGUGGAGAACCAGAAAGUACAAUGGUAGUUUACAACAUGUUUGGUCUGGUACCAGGAGAGGACAGGCUGUUUGCAAAUACUAUCUUUUUACGCCUUGCUGAUUCAUUUCAGUUGGGAAAUGAACGUACUAGGGUCACCAUUGUCAGGAUUUUCUUGUCACUGCUCAAGCACUGCAGAAACAAGAAGAAAAAUAAACAAAUGAAUGGGGUUUUAUCCAAGUCUAGGGUACAAAACCACUUAGAACUGUUGAAAAGAGUUAAGAGUGUUUUUGACUCUGGGGAUGCAGAGUCGAGAGCAUUGGCUUUAGUCUUAUUUGGUUGUUGGGCUGAUUUUGCAAAAGACAGUGCACAGAUACGAUACUUGGUACUUUCCAGCUUGGUAUCUUCUAAUGUCUUGGAGGUAAGAGCAUCAUUGUUUGCUGCAGGUUGCUUUUCUGAGCUAGCAGAUGACUUCUCAUCUGUUGUGUUAGAGAUGCUGGUUAAUAUGGUGACUUCUUCUGAAAAAGAGUCAGUUGUGAGGCUAGCUGCUGUGCGUGCUUUUGCAAAAAUGGGGUGCACAUUCUCUAAUGCAAAUAGAGCUUUCAAGGCAGGUCUAAAGCUGGUUGUCAACUGUCCUGAAGAGGAUAUUUUGGUUGCAAUGUUGGCUUCACUCUCAAAACUAUCUUACAAGUCUACUGUUCUUAUUUCUGAACAGGUGGAUUUUCUUUUAUUGCUUCUUAAUAGUGAAAGAUCUCUCCGUACUCAAGCAACUGCCUUAAGAUGUCUCCAUUUUAUUUUUUCGAAGGGAAAAUGUCAAUCUCUCAUCUGUGCAAGUGUGAUUAAACCAUUACUUAUCAUUACAGAUAAUCCUGAACUUCCAUCAACCAUGCAAUGUGAAGCUCUACAAAUUCUACAUAAGAUCUUUUUGUGUACAUCAUCCAAUCUGGCAUCCAUUGACAUGAAUGAAUUUGCUGAGCUAUUAAGAAUUGUUAAUAAUGCAUCCCAAUCUACAAACUUGUCAAGGAGCCUCCAUGCCAUCCAUAUCCUGGUAGAUGUGGUAAUUAGGUUUCAGAGAAUAACAGAAAUGGAUACCUUACCUCUACCUUCUCAGGUUAUAUCAUUAAUUAUGAAUCAAAUCACCUUGCUGGUGAAGCCAUUGUCAGAUCUGUGCCAGUUUAAUUCUACAGUAUUUCAAGACAUCCAAAACCUUCUCAGUCUUCUUUAUCUUAUUGUUGGAGAACAUCCAGACAUCAGUGUCUUUGUUCUGGAUAAAAUUUAUUCAUUUAUUGAGCAUCUUGUGAAUAGUUAUAACAACGUUAUGUCUGGUAAGCAAGCAGAUUUAGCAGUUAAUGAUAUUAUGGAGUUCAAUAGGGAAAGUCAUGAAGCCGUCACUUCAAAGCUUGUGUGUAUUGUGAGCAGAUUUGUGGUCUCCUGCCUAGAGAGUCUGAAUGAAACUGGUGCCUUCCAUAACCAAGUCUUUGAUAAAGUAAAGCUUCUGGUUGAGUGUGUACGUCAGUGCAAUUUAUUUAAUUGCUAUACACACACAAUCUACUCUAUAUUGUUUCAUUCUCAAAUCAUCUGGGUUUGCAUGGUUAAUAGGAAUGAAGGAGGUGGUGGAGUUGAAGGAAACUCACAUAUCUUUGGUCAAAAUUACUUUAUUGAGCAUGAACUCUGUACCCUUGAGUUUGCAAAGAGGCUGUUAGCGAAGGGGGAUUACUGGCCUGCUUACAAAACUGGAAUAUAUGCAGCAUGUCGAGGAGUGUGGUUCACAGCCACAUUUAUAUUUGGGCAAUUAGUUAUGAAAGUUCAAUCUGAUACCUAUGGUUGCUGGUUAAAAUCAUUAUCUCAGUUGGCCCACUGUGAAAUGAUAAACCAGCGGCUUCUCUUAGCAAAGAAAGGUUCUCUCUCUUUUGAUUGUCCAGAGAUGAAAGAAUUUCAUCUCAUGCUUUCCAAGGAUUAUUUGUGUGAAACUGGAAAGGAUACCACUGGAAAUAUCUGUGAGCUUAAUUUUAGUCAAGCACUUGAGAUAGCUUACAAGAGUUGUGGCUCUGCAGGAAGAACAUUAGAAGGCACUUGCACAUCUGGUAAAUCAUUUUGUUUUCAGAUAUGGUUUUUCACUCUAAGAGCUAAGCUUCUUGAAGUGCUUGUGGAAAUAUUUGGAAUUUUGAGCUCUUUCCCAUCAGAACAGGACAACAUUACUACUUACUCACAAGCUGGGGAAAGUUUGAUGGUUGAGAGACUCAAAUCAUUGCAACAAAUUACUCAAAAAUCUUAUAAGUUUAAGAGGCUAUCACAGGAGUUCGAUCUAAUUGCCACAUCUUUCAUUGGAAUGGACAGAAAGAGUUCAAAGUUCCUCCAAGCACUUGCUCUAGGUUGUUCAGCAUUGGCCUUUAGCACUGGAUUUGCUCUUUACUCUCAUUUACUUCCUACCUAUGGGAAUCUAAUGACUUGUGAUCUCAAAGGCACACAGAACUUUUCACAGGCAAUGCUAAUACAAAAUUUACUUGGGAGAUUGUGGAAUCUAGACCGAGAGACCUGUGCGAAACUCUGCAUGCUUUUAGAGGCCAGUGAACAGUCCAGGAAUUGUUUUCACUUGCAAUCAAGAAAUCAAAGACUAACUGAUAGUAGUGAAGUUAAAGGUAUUGUUGACAUCUGUAGUUAUGCUGUUUCUGGCAUUGCUUGCCUGCAAAAUGAGGCAAACAAUGUGCAUAAUGAGGAGAAUCUAUCGAAAGUUGCUGAGGAUGGCAUCCAUCUUCUGUCAAACAUUAUUUUGAAAUGGAUGUGCAUCCCUUUCCGAGCUCCCAAGUACCUAUUCAAAAUAAGGCCAUGCUUUGGUUCAGAGCUCUUUGUCUCCAGUGCUGGCACGAGUAACCUCGGUGGAAUAUUCAUCUCAACAGGCUUCCACCUAUCACUAAAUCUUUGUCUCCAAUUGAAAAAUGUGCCACCAGACCUCCCAGUUCGGCUGACUAAGUUCUACUGCAUCCUAUGCUGCAGUCAGAAUCCUGUUUCAGAUAGAAAAAACAAUAGACAAAUGCCUCAGAGUUCUCAACCUUGGGAAAAGGACAACAUGGUAGAAAUGAAUGAAAAGCUGUUCCAGUACGUGACAGAGUGCACUCAAAAGAUCAAUCACAGUAAGCGUGCUGGGGAUACCGAUAUUGAUAAUAAUGCUAGGACUGUAAAUACAUUUGUGCAGAUUGAACCAAAUGACAGAGGACAAGGGUUCUCAAAUUGCUUGCUUGAUGUUUCACAAUUUCCAGUAGGUACUUACAGGAUCAAAUGGCAUAGCUGUUGUAUUGACAGCCAAGGUUCUUACUGGAGCCUUCUCCCCUUGAAUGCUGAACCUCUCUUCACUAUAAAGUGAGAUUUUGUUUCUGACCUUCUAUGUAUAUAUAUAUAUAUUCUGUGGACUUCUUAAGGUUUAUGCGAAUCAGGGAUUGACACCAGGUUGUUAGCUCUAAUUUUGUAUGUUGUUAAACUGAAGUUGGAACUUUAAGUUGGUUGAAUUGCAACUUCUGGCAAUGUUGCCAUGAAAUUUUGUUCCAUCUGAAUUUAAUAAGAUUUUCAUCUUCUUGACAA